GCAACCACGCGAAACGACGACGAAUAAAUUUCGUCGUACGCGCUGUUCGCUCUCGGACUAGUAGUUGCUCGGAGCGAAAUGUCUCUUGGCCAGACAGAGCCUUCCGGAAUAGACCUUGGGAACAUUGCGGCUGGAUUACACUUUCCGGUUAAAGUGUACUCUAGAUUGACUCAAGAGUAUAAGACAUCCAGUUUCGUCUUUUCGCCGUGUGGCUUGGGAGCAUCUCUCUGCAUGCUGUUGGCGGGGGCAGGCGGUGAAACGGCAUCUCAGGUUCUCCAACUUCUGCAGCUGCGAACCAAAGAACCUUCUGCGACGUCCUUCCAUGAUUUUCUGGUCCGACUCAGGAACGCAGUGCCCUCGGUUCGCCUUCGUGUGGCGAAUAUGACUUACAUAGAUUCCAGCUUUCAUGUAAAGCACAAUUACCUGGCUUUCAUACAGAAGUUUUACGAUGCAUCAUUACGUGGACUGGAUUUCGCCAAUUUCCCGCGCACGGCAGUGGACGAACUGAACCAACGCGUGGAACGCGCAGUCAACGCACCGAGCAUCGUCAAUCCUGCAUCGGUGACGUCACAAACCCAAAUGGUGCUGGUGUCAGAUCUGCAAUUCCAUGGUGUCUGGGAUUUCCACUUUGUGCACGAAGAUAUCACCAAACGGGCUUUCACCGAUGUCUUCGGGAACACAUCCCAAGUAGAUAUGAUGUAUGCUGACGGACUUCACCGGACCUGUUCUUAUCCCGAGCUCGGUGUGUCCGCCAUUGAACUGCCUUACAAGCAGGACGUCAACACUGCUUUGGUCCUUAUUCGACCGCAAGAGCUACAAGGGAUGUCCCAGUUGGAAGCAAACCUGACCCCGGACCACUUAGAUAACCUUCUCCGGCGGCUGUCAACGGGAAAAGAUCCUGUCUGCCUUACCCUUCCGCGCUUCCACCUGGAGCUGACGAUCGAGCUGAGCAAGACCCUGUCUGAUCUCGGGGCGAGAAAUCUCUUCAGACCAGGCGCCCAACUUGGAGGCAUUGCGGAUAACAAGCCGCUGCACUUGUCCCAGCUUGUUCAUCGCGUUACACUCAAGGUCGACGAGCGCGGGGAUUCUAAGGCAUCGGCUAACACUCAUAACUUGGACGUGAUUGUGCCUACAGCUACAAGCGGAGAUCACUUCGCACUGGAUCGACCCUUCUUGUUCCUUCUCGUCUCCUGGGAACCCUUCGCCGUCCUUUUCAUGGGUGCCAUCAAGGAAGCCCCAGACGAGAUUCCCAAUGCGUGUACGCCUAACAAGGCCAAAAGCCGGAAUGCGUCACUAAAAUAAGAUUUGUCCAAUCGUAAUUAAACUGAUGUACUUAUGGUCUCCACAAUUCACUUUUUUUUCCUUCACAUUCCGUUUAUGACAGAGGUUUCCAACG